AUGGUGGCUGCCUGCCCCCUGGUGGAUGUUUUCUGGGAUGGAGUGAGUCGUAAGCAUGGACGCAAGACCACGCACUCCCGACCCUCUCCGGUGAGCUCAUCCGAACUUGCCGUCAUGACCCUCAGCCUUGGCACCAGCCUGCAGCCCACCCAUUUAGUUCAGCUGCCCUCAAACCAACUCCAUGUUGUUCCCCAGGAAGCCCCCCCUUCUCCCAAUGCAAUGGACCAUACCUCAGCGUAUGCCGAGUUUGUCCAGACACACAGAACUUUUGGGGAGCACAUGUUUGAAUUUGAUGAGGAUGAGGAGUUCUAUGUGGACCUGGAUAAGAUGGAGACCAUCUGGCACCUGCCGGAGUUUAUUCAUGCCUUUGACUAUGAUCCUUGGAGGGGAAUUGCUGCCAUCAUCAUGGCAAGGAAGAACUUGAAGAAAAUGAUUGAACACUCCAACCACACCAGAGCCACUAAUGAGCCCCCUGAGGUGACCGUGUUUCCCAAGGAACCCAUGGAGCUGGGCCAGCUCAUCUGCCAUGCAGACAAGUUCUUCCCGCCAGUGCUCAAUGUAACGUGGCUGCACCAGAGUGUCGCCAUGCGUGUGGCUGAGGGCAUCUUUCUGCCCAACACAGAAUUCACAUUCCACAGCUUCCACUACCUGACCUUCCUCCCCACAACUGAGAAUGUCUACGACUGCAGGGUGGAGCACUGAGGUCUGGACGAGCUGCUCCUGAAGCACUGGGAGGCCUGGGAGCCCAUCCAGGUGCCUGAGACAAUAGAGACUGUGGUCUGUGCCCUGGGCCUGCUGGUGGACCUGGCGGGCAUCAUUACUGCCACCAUUGUCCUGUGGAAAGAACCAGCGGGCCUUUCUACAUGCUGGGGCAGGAGCCACUGUGAUGACCUUUCUGUGAUGGAAGAGCAUGGAGGGGAGUCCCCAGCAUCAGCUCUUCUUUAA